GGGGUAAAGCCCCCGUCGUCGGCGCAGCGAGUCACCAGACGCCGCCCGCCCAGUCGUCGGCCGCCCGCCCAGCUGCGCACGCGCUCCUUCACGCCACAACACUACAGAAUUCACUCGAGUUGGAUCCACGUUACGUUUCGCCUAAUGGAAGAGAGCUGAUGUUUUGGCAACAUGUCUUUUAGAAAUUAUUAUGAUACGCCAUCCUACGGCCGGAGUCGAGACACCGGAAGAACUUCGUCGAGUACCGCCGCGGAUCGGCCGACUACAGUCACAGCGAAGUACCUCAACACAACACCGUCUUACAAGUCGUCAAGCAUCCCAAUACUAUGCCCUGAACGCUCGGCAAAAGAAGAUACCCCGAUAUCGACUAUUGCUAAUCGAUACGCAAACUAUGGUAAAACGGAAAAACCCACGACAAAAUACGAUGCCUACAAUACAACCAAGGUGGAAAAAUCUCCGAACAAAUACGAUUCGUACAGUAGUAGUAAAUCAGACAAAUCUGCAAACAAAUAUGAUACCUACAAUUCUAACAAAGCAGACAAACCUUCAAGUAAAUAUGAUGCCUAUAGUAGUAGCAAAACAGAAAAACCUGUUUCUAAAUACGAUGCAUAUAGUACAACUAAAACCGAGAAACCUAUAUCGAAAUAUGAAAAGAAAGACUAUUCAAAACUUACCGUGCCAUCUAUUACGACGAAUAAAAGUAGAGACGUAAGUCCCGUUUCGACAUCGAAAUACAGUCUGAGCCGACCUUCUCGGCAUUUAAGUCCAGAGAGAAGAGCAACGAAAACGUUCAAAGAUAAAAGCCGAGAUCCUAGCCCAGGGGAUCACGACAAAGACAUUCCAAGCAAGACUGACAAGUCUACAGGCUAUAAUAGCCUGUCGAGUUACAAGUUAUAUCCUCGAACUUCAAAUUACACGCGACCUGCAUCUAGAGCAGAGACUAAACCAGAAAUUACAGUAAACAGAUACGCUAUAGCAAAUAGACUGUCCUCAAAUUAUCUAAGAAGUCCACCGACUGUUAAACGAACUUCUGUAUCACCAGUCAAUCACAAUGAAACUGUUAAAUGUGAGGUAGAUAAAUGUAUAUCACAGCCUGCUACCGUAGAAGAAAUAAAACCACAAAACGAACCAGUUAGCUCAAAUAAUGAAGUUUUAAAUACAAACGACAAACAAACUGAAGAAAAUGAAAAUGAGACUGAAACUGUUUCUAUUGUAACACGACACACUUCUCCAACACCACCCGGUUCUUCUGCUUACGUUCGAAGUAGAAGGGCAGACAUGGCCAAAACGAUAGAAAAAUCUAUAACGAGACCGAAGAAGAGACCAGAAAUGAUUGACAAAGAAAUCCAGUCUGAUCGAUUAGAUGAUCCAACGAGGUCAAGUAGAUUCGGUAGUACAGCAAGAACAAGCGUUACAAAUUGGUCUUACUACACACCAAACUCUAACAGCUACACGGGUUAUGCCGGCAGAUAUUCAACUCAAUAUUCAAACAUAAGAGAUAGUUCAGGUAGUAAUUCAUAUUCUCCCAGUGAAAGAACUGGGCGAAGUCAAAGUACUGAACCCGAAAGAAGAGAUAAUUCAAAUUGCAAUUCCUUAUCAGAAAGUAACAAUAUAGAUUGCAAUGUAUCAAAUCAUAUAGGUGAAAAUGAUCAAGAAGUUGUUUCAGUGUAUGCUUCUGAACAAAAUAAAGGUGAUGACACAUCAGAAAUAAUAAUUAAUGUGAAUUUAAAAUUAAAAAGAGCUAAAAGUCCUGUAGCGUCUACUGAACUUGUUUCACCUGAAAUCACAAUAACAAACAGUCAGUUGCCACCACAAGCACCUAAACCCGACGGAGCGACAAAGACUAAAAAGAUUAAAGUAAAAAAAACUAGCGCAGAUUCAUCAUCAGAUUCGAGUGGUAAGAAAAAGAUAAUAAAACGGAGAAGUAAAUCAGUGAGCUCUACAGAUUCAGAUCAAGGAAGCGAAGUUAGCGACAAAGGAUCUCCUCCAAAAAGUAUGCAAAAGAACUCGUCAAGUAGUAACUUACAAAAUGGACCUUCAAAAUUGAAACAUUCCAAAUCACGGGAGAGUGCAAGUCCAGAAUCAAGUAUCACUUUAUCAACGCAAUCAUCUAUUAGUGAGGAUGAAACGGUGUCUAAGUCUAAAACUAAUGAGGUAUCCAGAACUUCUGCUGACGAGUUAUCUAUUCCAACUGAUAGAUCAGGAAAGCAGCCAUCGCCACUGCCUCCACAAAAGAAUGAAACUGGUACAGAAGAAGCUAAGUCAUUUUUAAUAAGAGCAUUGGCACCCGUUACGAAUCUUUUUAAAAUGAGACAUCAGGAAAGCAGUGAUAAUAGUCGUUGGUUAGAAACUUCUACUUCAGAGUCAACAGGAAAAGACGUUUCAAAUAUAACCACAGAGAGUGAACGGUUAAGUAAAGGAAAGAAUGAUACAACGAACAUCAUAGCAUCAAAUGAUGAUAAUCUAGUUAAACUCAAAUCAAUAAGACCCAUAGAAUCUGGAGAACGAGCAUGGUGGCUAGAUUCUGAAUCAAAAAAUAGCACACAAAACAACAGUGAACAUACAAGGUCUCCAUCAGAAAAGAACAUUCCUAGAAAGAUAAGACAUGUUGAAUCCGGAGAAAAAGCGUGGUGGCUAGAAUCUAAUAGUGAAAGUAAACAAGACAACCAAAUGGUUCGUAAUAACACAACAGAGAGCUCUGAUUCAAACAGACUUCCAAAGAAAUGUAAAUUUGCUGAUGAUGAAAAGCCGUGGUGGUUAGAUAGCUGUGCAAAUAUCCCUGAAGGGGUAGAACGGCUAAGUCCACCGAGAAAGUCUUCCAGUGACAGCGAGAAGAGUGAAAAGUUUAACUUUUUCAAAGUGCGUCAUAAUGAAUCUGGAGACCAAAAAGACUGGUGGCUCACAAGCAAUGAAAACUCAACCAAUAGUAGUAAACCGGAACAUAAUCAAAUGCUCAGCAAAUCUGGUUCAGAAAGGAGCUUCCCCCUCAGACGGAUACGACACAUAGAAUCUGGAGAAAGACCUUGGUGGUUGGCAAGUGACAAAAACAUUCCCGAAGGUAUAGAAAAGCUGCCAACGCCUCCACCACCACCAGAAGAAAGUGACUCAUCUGAUUCAGAAGUUCAAGCCUACGUUCCACCUGCACAUAUACCUCCGUUUCCUUUACAUUUGCCUGAUGAUGAACCAUUGGGAACUAGGAGGAGUCCAGAGGGCUUAGAGACACCAAGAGAGAAUGAAGACUAUAGAGGACGCACGUCACCUUACGAAAAUAGCAAUCAUCAAUUCCGUAGGCCUUCAACCAACUCCUACCAAAAAGGCGUAAAUAAAUACAUUUCUCGUUAUACUGACAUAGAUGAUAUUCUUGGUACAUCUGGACAAAUAUAUAGUCCAUUUAUGGACUCGAUACUGGCAAGGAGGACCGGUCAGAUGCCUUAUGAUGACAAUGAUACGUGUGAAGAAAUAGAUCCAACUCAAGUCAGAAUCCACGAUAGUACGGCGCAACGGCCAGUUAUUAAGAAGAUUCGUUCCAGAAGCAGUAUCGUCGACUACCGGGAGGAGGAUCAACUCGAUGACGCGACUUUACAAGUCUUCAAAGAUGGUGACUACGGGCCUUAUCUGGACCUGGAUUCCACGCUCGGUGAGCAAGAUGAGGAGCUUGAAGGACUUCAAGACAGUCGCAAAAAUGCCUUGGUCCUUCGCACCCAGUUGUCUGUGCGCGUCCACGCUAUUAUUGAAAGACUACUUCAUUCUCAAGGACGCGAGCUACGGAGGGCACUGUUUACGCUAAAACAGAUCUUGCAAUCAGACAAGGAUUUGGUGCACGAGUUCGUCGCCAACAAAGGAUUGGACUGUCUGAUGCAAGUCGGCAAUAUGGCGGACCAUAAUUAUCUGGAUUACAUACUGCGAGCUCUUGGACAGAUACUGCUGUACGUUGACGGCAUGCACGGAGUAAUGGCCCACAAACGCUGCAUCCAAUGGCUCUACACUCUCAUCGCCAGCAAAUUCCGGCACGUCGUCAAAACCGCUCUCAAACUCCUUCUAGUCUUCGUGGAAUACACCGAAAAGAACUGCCUCCUCCUCAUAGACGCUAUUAUAUCUGUGGACAACUCCAACGGCAGACAGCCUUGGCACAACAUCAUGAAGAUUCUUCAAGAUUUUGACGCCUCUGACACAGAACUUCUAAUAUACGCCACUACUUUGAUAAAUAGGUGUCUAAACAAUGUACCUGAUAGAGACACUUACUACGACCAAGUAGAUGCCUUGCAGGAUCAAGGCAUAGAUGACAUUAUACAACUGUACAUGUCAAAGCAAGGCACGGAUUUGGAUCUGCUGAGACAGCUGCAGAUAUUCGAAGCUGUGCUGCUGUAUGAAGAUGGUGAUGAGACUGGAACUGCUCUGAAGCAACUAGAUGACUCCGUGAUCAAUUCAAUUCGCCGCAGAAGCAUUAACCUAAGUACUGAAAGAAGAAAAUCUAAAAAGCAACAAUGCAAAGAAAAAGCAAAACCAGUCAUCACUCACACAGAAACAGAAAACAAAAUAACGAAUAACCAUCGCACACAAUUCUUACCCUCCAUCACCGAUCAUAACAAAGAGAACAAAGAACUGAGCUCAGCAUUACGUCGUCGACGAGACCGAUACGCGAGGCAAGCCCACCACAUCAUACAACAACAAGAGCUGAUGAACCACUCCAGUGAUAUCUACAACGGCCUCUUCCCAAAUCCUAAUGAAAGUUUCACUAGCACUAAUGGAAGUUUUACAAGUACAAAUGGAAAUUAUUACACCCCUAACGGAACCUUAAACAAUGCAAAUGGUAGCUUCACGAGCCCAAAUGGCAGCUUCACAAGUUUGAAUGGAACUUUCACAAGCGUCAAUGGAAGUUUCUCAAGUGGCAACGUGAGCUUUCCAAGUCUGAUUGGCAACUACACAAACACAAAUGGGAGUUUUUCUAGUACGAUAAGCAACUAUACUAAUGGAUCAUACACGAACAAUAAGAGUUACACAGCUGUUAAUGGGAAUAUCAAUGGUUCAAGUCAAUUAAAUGGAGCCAACGGCCAAAAAGAAGAAGACGAUAAAUACGUCACUAGAACGACGAAGAAUUUUAACUUAGCAGAUGUUUUAAAGAAUGGAAGCCAAAGAUAUACAUCAGGUCUAAAACAGAGAAUCCAAAAUGGAACACUUGGCCAUACUGUGAACGCUGUAGAUGCAAUAACCGUAAUGCGUCAAAAGCAGACUGAUCCCACCCCAGAGGUGAAAGAUGAUCGGGGUUUCCUACUAAACAGAGAACACAGUAUCAAAGAUCUGGCGCAGAGGCUGACCAGCCCGGUCAGCCCUACCACUGAAGAAAAACCUUUGAGGGUUUCUGAUAUGGCGGGAAUUGUAUCGAAAGCCAAAGAAGAACUAGCUAAAUCUCAAUCAAAAGAAAUUAUAAAAAGCCCAACAAUAGAAAAAUCCCCAAAAGUACACGAAAUAAAGGUAUCGGAGAAUGAUCUACACUGGGAAGAACUCAGAAAAGGUUGUCUUCAUAGAGAAUUUCACCUAUGCGACUUGGACUUCUCGGAUCUUCGCGAGGACUCGGACGAUGAGAUGUCAUCGCCUGCAAUAACCGCAGCCAGCGGUCCUCCUCCUCCGCCACCAACAAUGUUCCCUCCAAUGGGAAUACCUCCACCUCUACCGGGCUGUUUCCCAAUGCUAUCCAAAAACAACAUUCCCAAUCCACCUAAACCAGCUCUAUCUUCUGAAAUGUCAAACGAUUCUGACAGUUCUACGAUCAAAAAGAAUAAGAAAACUGUAAAGCUAUUUUGGAAGGAGAUUCAAGAGAAUCCAACACCAGUAGCCAUUAGGCCGAAGGUUGGAGGAUUCAUAUGGGAUGACCUGCCUAACGUGACCGUAGACACCAAUAUGUUAGAGCACCUGUUUGAGUCCAGGACCAACGACUUAAUAAUCAAAGUAAGUACUAAUCAUGACUUAACUGUGGCAUAGGCAAGUAAUCAACAG